AUGUCAAACCCGCAGCAAUUCCAAUGUCGUAUGUACGAAGCAAAGUAUCCCGAGGUUGACGACCUUGUGAUGGUCAAUGUUCGCCAGAUCGCUGAAAUGGGUGCCUAUGUUAAAUUGUUGGAAUACGAUAACAUUGAGGGUAUGAUCCUUUUGUCUGAGCUCUCAAGAAGACGCAUUCGUAGUAUACAGAAGCUAAUUAGAGUUGGAAGAAACGAGGUGGUAGUCGUAUUAAGGGUUGACAAGGAGAAAGGUUACAUUGACUUGUCAAAACGUCGAGUUUCAGCUGAAGAUGUCGCGAAAGCCGAAGAGAAAUUUAAUAAAUCUAAAGCAGUUCAUAGCAUAAUGCGUCAUGUUGCCGAAAAGCAAGAUCUUGUCCUUGAGGAUCUGUACAAGCAAAUCGGAUGGCCGUUAUAUAAAAAAUAUGGUCAUGCAUAUGAAGCAUUUAAAGUAGCGAUAACUGAACCAGAAAAGAUUUUUGAAGGCAUCGAGUUAUCUAAAGAAAUACAUGAUGAAUUGCUAAAUAAUAUUAAACGAAGAUUAACGCCACAACCGAAUAAAAUUCGUGCUGAUAUCGAGGUGACUUGUUUUGGUUAUGAUGGUAUCGAUGCUAUUAGAACGGCCCUUAGAGCUGGUGAAGCAUGUGAAACAAGCGAUAUGUCAAUUAAGGUUAGACUAGUCGCCCCACCAUUAUACGUUAUCAUCACCAAUGCGUUGGAUAAAAAUUUAGGAAUUGAGAUGCUGGAGAAAGCCAUUUCCACAAUACAAGAGAAUAUCGAGAAGGCCGGAGGAACUGUGAGUGAAGCUGAUGACCGAGAACUCGCCGCACUUAUGGCUAAUGCUGAAAAAGAUAAUGCUGAAGUUUCAGGUGAUGAAGACA